AUGGUUGACGAGGACUGGUCGUGCGACGCGAAUGAUGCGGUUCACAUCACCGUUGUCCAGCCCGGAGAAACAAAGCCCAAGACGCUCUCUACCUUCCACCCUCAAUUCACCUAUCCCAUCUUCGGCGAUGAAGAGCAAAUAUUUGGCUAUAAAGGAUUGAUUAUUCGUUUACGAUUCGCGGCCCAUGACCUUCGGCCCCAUGUCCAUAUUUCCUACGAUGAGCGAUUCAAGCCGGUUGGUGACACCACUGCGCUUGAUCUUCUUGGUACCCUGAAGCCAUUCAUUCCACAAGAGGCCCUCAUAAAUUUACCCGAGUACGAGAAAGCCGUCCAAGAGGAUCCUUCGGCGAAAGAUUUUAAACCGCCCGGCAAACAGGUCCUCAGUUAUGAGGUUAACGGUAGACAAUAUGAAAUUUGGGCCGGCUCAUUGGCGGAUCCAGAGAUUAAGCGCCUGCUUGAUCGAGUACAGGUUCUCGUCUCCUUGUUCAUCGAGGCCGGCACGCCUCUCGAGACGGACGACCCUGAAUGGACUCUGGAGCGCUGGACAGUGUUCUUCAUUUAUGAGAAGGUGACACCGCCAACGCCAACCGCUUCGUCCUAUUCCAUUGUAGGCUACGCGACCACUUAUCGAUACUGGCUUUACCAGCGAGACCGAUCUGAAAACCCUACUGUGAAGAACGAUGAUUUCCCUCAGGCGGAGAUCAAGAUUUCUGAACUCCCCGGUCGCCUGCGCAUUGCACAAUUCCUUGUCCUUCCUUCACAUCACCGCUCAGGUCAUGGAACCCACCUAUACACCACAAUUCAUGCAUUCUGCAUCGCCGACCCUACAAUCGUGGAGUUGACAGUCGAAGAUCCCAACGAACAAUUUGAUGCGCUUCGAGACUCGGCCGACUUCUGUCUUCUACAGCCCGAGUUCAUCAAGCACAAUGUCAACCUUAAUCCUGAUCCAAAUGGAGCAUAUUCUAAAAAGCAACGACAACGCUUGGUUCCUACCGCUGCUUUGAUUCCCAGCGCAACUUUGGUUGAGAUUCGCAAAUCUUUCAAAAUCGAGUCCACUCAGUUUGCACACAUCCUGGAGAUGUUCCUGCUAAGUCGAAUUCCCAAGAGUCACCGCCUGGCCGGAGGAACAAACCUAGCUCGUCUACUGAUCAAAAAGCACAAGGCCGACAAUGAAAAUGAUCGGCGGUAUUACUGGUGGCGUAUGCUCACUAAGCAGCGCCUGUAUAAGAAGCAUAAGGAGUUGCUGGACGAGCUAGAGCUCCUUGACCGGGUAGAGAAGCUGGAUGAUACUGUUCGAAACGUGGAGGAGGGUUAUGAAAUGACGUUAGAGGCUUUUGAGGAACGACCUUCUGAAUCAGAUGAGGAAGAAGAACAGCCUGCGGAGCCCAGUGGCAGUGUCCGCCGCAAGAAGCGCAAGUUAGCUGUCAUUGAGGACGAUGACGACGAUGAAUGGGAAGACAUUGAAGACAAAAAAUUGUUGACCAAGCGCCCAAAGGUUUAA